GUCCCGGGGGAUUGCACUCGAAGGAGGAAAGAGGUAGUCUCGUAGAAGAAUAAUGAAACUAUCCCCUCCCCGAUAAAUCAGACAAAUAGAAACUCUAUAGAAACGAAACAGAAACCACCACCGGCAAAUGGACUCCUAAAGACAAAAGGCUGGUGCAGUCCUGUGGAUAUUUAUUAAGCGGAAGUAAGCCCCUCUUUAACUAAGCGGGCCUGCAUAUACGAUCGUCUUCAAAAGGCUUUGCGUCGAUUGCCUUCCUAGGUGUGGCUCCUAGCAAGCAAACAAAAACAAAUCCCAAGGAGUUUGCUACGAGGGCAAAGUCUUCCUACUUCCCCGGUUGCGGCGACAACUCCCGCAGGAACAACGUUUCGCUCGAGCAAGCUACGCCAGAAGCGCAAGCUGACAACUCGACUCCCUUACGCUAUUGCUCUAAGCCUUGCCUAGCGGUCUGCUAUUGGUGGGAAGGCGAGGGGGCACGUGACCGGAGCCCGGCAGCUUGAAGCGGACCGAUUUGGAGUAGGUUAUUUCUGAAGGUGCCACCAUGGAGGACGAAGAUUGGGACAAUGAGAUCACGGACAACGACAACAGUAGGGGAGGUGGUAGAGGCGCCCUAUCUGCCUUCCAGCCCAGCUUCGAAAAGCUGGGCAGUUUAUCUGCAGGAGCAAAUGAAACCUCAUGCAGUUUCAGGCAGAGUGUAAAACCAACAGGAAAGGUUUCCACUGAAAAUGCAGCUCCUUGGGGUCGUAGAUUUGGAGGUGUUCAUGGAAAAUCAAAUGGAGAAGACAGACCAACAGGUGGCUUUGGAAGUGGAGGGACUUUUGGUAACAGAGCUACACCUGGAAAUAAAUUUGAAGAAAUGAAAUAUUCAGGUUUUGUGAGAGGGCACAGGGAGAGAGACGUUGAUGAUGAAGACAGCCAGUCGAACAGAGUUGUUCCUAGGAGAGGAGGAAUGAGCGGUGGUGGUGCUCAUAGGGGUGGAAGAGGAUCUAGCAGAGGUGGAUUUGGGCGAUUUACAAAUGACGAAAAUGAGAAGCAAGAUGGAAGACAGAACUUUGGUGGCUUUGGAUCUAAAAGAGGAGGGUUUGGUGCUUCAGCUGGUGACUCUGAAAAUAGAGGAAAAGGAGGCAGAGGUGGCUACAAAGGAAGCAAUGAAGAGGUAAUUGCAGGUUCUGGAAGAAGUAUGUGGAAACAAGAUGGUGAUGCAGAAGGGGGUGAUCGGGCAGGUCCAAAGGUGACAUAUGUACCACCACCGCCACCAGAUGAUGAAGAUGCCAUCUUUGCACAUUACCAGACAGGGAUAAACUUUGACAAAUAUGAUGAUAUUCUUGUGGAUGUUUCAGGACUUGAUCCCCCACCAGCAAUACUGACCUUUGAAGAAGCUAAUCUGUGUCCAACAUUAAUGAAGAACAUUGCUAGAGCGGGAUAUUUUAAACUUACUCCAGUGCAGAAACACAGUAUUCCUAUUGUGAUGGCAGGACGUGAUUUAAUGGCGUGUGCCCAAACAGGAUCUGGAAAAACAGCAGCUUUUCUUAUACCAAUUUUGGCUCAUAUGAUGCAAGAUGGAGCUGCUGCCAGUCAGUUUGAACAACAACAACUACCAGAAUGUAUAAUUGUAGCUCCUACUAGAGAACUGAUAAACCAGAUCUUUCUGGAAUCAAGAAAAUUUGCACAUGGAACUUGUAUAAAGUCAGUUGUGACAUAUGGAGGUACACAAACGGGUUAUUCAAUUCGUCAAAUAAUGCAAGGUUGUAAUAUACUGUGUGCUACCCCAGGAAGGCUCUUGGAUUUCAUAGGCAGAGAAAAGAUUGGGCUGAACAAACUAAAAUAUUUGGUGUUAGAUGAAGCUGAUCGUAUGCUGGAUAUGGGGUUUGGUCCUGCUAUGAAGAAGUUGAUUUCAUCUCCAGGCAUGCCACCAAAUGACAAACGGCAAACGUUAAUGUUUAGUGCCACUUUUCCUGAAGAAAUUCAGAGGCUAGCUGGAGAAUUUUUGAAGGCAGAGUAUUUAUUUGUUGUUGUUGGACAAGUGGGUGGAGCCUGCAGUGAUGUUCAGCAGACCAUACUUCAAGUGAAUCAAUAUGACAAGAGAGAAAAACUUGUUGAGAUUCUCAAUGGCACAGGUGAUAAGCGAACCAUGGUGUUUGUGGAAACUAAGAAAAAAGCAGACUUCAUUGCAACCUUUCUUUGCCAAGAAAACAUAGCAACAACAAGUAUUCAUGGUGACCGGGAGCAGAGAGAGCGAGAAGAAGCUCUUUACUGUUUUCGUUCUGGAAAAUGCCCUGUUCUUGUAGCUACGUCAGUGGCAGCCAGAGGUCUGGAUAUUGAAAAUGUUCAACAUGUCAUAAAUUUUGAUCUUCCUUCCAUGAUUGAUGAAUAUGUUCACAGGAUUGGACGAACUGGGCGUUGUGGUAAUAUUGGCAAAGCAACUUCCUUCUUUGAUCCUCAUUCAGACAGUGCUAUUGCUCAGCCUCUAGUCAAAAUACUUGCAGAUGCUCAGCAAGAAGUCCCAGCAUGGCUAGAAGAAAUUGCUUGUAGUGCUGGUGGAAUGAGUUUUAGUAACUCAAGAGGAAGCAUGUUUGCAUCUGUUGAUUCCCGAAAGGUUUACCGUGGCAAAGAGAAUCAGCACAGUGGAGGUGGAGGAUUUGCAGCAUCAAAUAUAAGUGCAGCUGAUGAGUCAUGGGAUUAAGGCUACCUUCUAUCAUGGAACACGGUUCUUAAUUAACCAUGCUAAAUCUUCCAAACGAAAUAGUUAUAUGAGAAACUAAACACACUUACUUGAAUCACUGUGAUUUCAGUGGGACUUGCUUCCAAGUAAAUGUGUUUAGGAUUGUGACCUUAAAAUGUUCAAGGAACUGUUAAUGUUAGCACCUGUUCUUGUUCAGGAAAGGUAGGCUAAACAUACAGAAGUUUAAUUUGUUUUUGAACUGAUUUUUUUGGCUGAUGCAUUUAACAGUUGUGUGAAAUAACACCAAUUUGUUGUAAAGACCUGUUGUAAAUUAUUGUACAAACACUUAAUAAAAACUUAGGAUCA